AGAUUAUCUGGGGGAUUUUCACAUUAAUUUGGUUAUAAUUCGAUUCCCCAACGAAAUUUUAAGAUUAAGAAACAUGGUGGCGUUCCGCAAGGUUAACUCAGUUGUCCACCAGCCAUUACUGGAUAAAAGGCUGAUAAUUCAGUUCACUAUACUCACCUUCACCUUAACGGUCGCUUCUUCGGCGCACAAUUGUGGUAGCGUACCAACUAUAUCUUCGUCAUCACUAGAGCGGUGGGACACUUCUAGACAAGAUCCACAAUUGGUAGUUGACCUCGAGCAGGAGUUCAAAAAAGAUGAACGCACUUUGAACUUCCAGUUCAAAAUCAACGGAAAAGUUCUCAAAGUGUCUUUUAAGGACGAGGAUGGCGACCACUGUUCGGUUAUUUUAUUCAUCCACACGUCAUCCUACUGCCUCUACGUAAAUGAUGAUGCCUGCAUCUCACUCUCACUCUACGUCAACACUAAUAACUUCACUCACAUAACAUUGAGGAGUGAGCGUGAUGAGCAUUCCAUGUUGUUGCUCGGAGCCGUUAUUGGGGACUUGGGUACCUUAGGUGAUGACACCGAGGUUCAAAUUUCCAGAAACUCAGAGGAGACAAGCACCGAUUGCCCUCAAGGAAAUGCUUCCACAAAGGCACCACCAUCAUCCAUCCCCACUAACGUAGUGGUGCCGGUUGCCGUGUGCUCGGCAUUCAUCUUAAUAAUUAUUAUUAUUUUCGUUGUCUUCAUGUGGCAGCGUAAUAAGUGGAAGAAGAGACGUCAUUACAAUCAACAGCGAAUACUGAACGAUCAAGAAGAGCGGCAAAGGUUCUCGCAAACGCAACUGAUUAACACUGCACCGAGUGUACCUCCGAGAUCGUCAUAUGAUCCUCAAAAAGGUAUCAGUAUUAUUGAAGACGACGAACAGUCGUUGCAAGUGAAACAAGGGCAUGAGUAUUUGGUAGAAUGUGUGGCAGAUGUGACUGCGCACCAUAAAGUUCGAACGUACUUGCGAGAACAAGCCAUGCUAAAUUCAAGUGCCACAAACGCAUGUAUUAAUGGUAGGCAAAAUUCAUCUCGAAUAGCGGAUAAGAAUUCAGUAUCAUUUUCAAAAUUGACUCAAGAAAGACCAAAAAAGUGCGCUUCUAGACAAAAAUGUGACAGUAAUGAACUGUCGAUUAUGAAUUCCGCGAGAAGAGGUGAAAACCCUCAUGUUGCAGGAGACGAAGAAGAGGACGAACAAGGAGGCCACACAGGGCCGUAUUGGCAUCACUCUCUCAGACAACCUCACUGCCAACAGUUGAAAAAUUACAAAGUUUAAGCUCUAAGUUUUUAUGCUUUACAUUAUAUUACUUUUGAUUGCAGAAUGAAGGACUUGAAAAUAUCCACUAAAAUUUUACAAUGAUUUAAUUGAUUUUUACUGUGAACGAGAUGGCCCGAAGAAAAAAUGAUGCGAAUAAUUUCGAAUAUAAAUGGAUUUAUCUUUACUGUCAAAUUACUAACGACGCAUUUUAACAGUGUAUUUGGGAACGUCUUUCGCAAAAGCGAAAGGUUCUACUAAUUAACUAUAACGAAAACAAAUUCUACAUAAAUGUAGACUCCGGCUAAAAGUCGACGCCGUUGUAAGCAUAGGUGUUUGUUGAAGUUCAGAUCCUCAUUACUUAUUUCAUUUAAAAAAAUAAAGCUUCCAUAUAUU